AUGACAUGGAAGGGUCAAGACAGUAAAGGAGACACACUGCUAUAUCUGGGAUCAGAUUCCAUUGCGCGCACACGGCGGACUCGCACGGCCGGUCCCCCUGCUCUCGCUCGCUUGCUCCCUCGCUUGCUGGCUCGCGGGGCCUCGCUCUGCGUCGGCCGAGGCGCGGUGGAGGCGCUCGAAGGGGACACGGCUGGGGAUGAGCAGAUUGCGGGUAAACACUCCGGUAACUGGCCUCGAGAAGCCGUGAGAAGCUUCUUUUCACCAAGUCGCCGUCCUGCCCUUGGAUUUGAGAUCAUGUCCAUUCACAUCGUGGCGCUGGGAAACGAGGGGGACGCGUUUCACCAGGACAAUCGGCCGUCUGGGCUCAUCCGCACUUACCUGGGGAGAAGCCCUCUGGUCUCUGGAGACGAAAGCAGCUUGUUGCUGAACGCGACCAGCACGGUUGCGCGUCCAGUGUUUACCGAGUAUCAGGCCAGUGCGUUUGGGAAUGUCAAGCUGGUGGUCCACGACUGUCCCGUCUGGGAUAUUUUUGACAGUGACUGGUACACCUCUCGAAAUCUAAUUGGGGGCGCUGACAUCAUUGUGAUAAAGUACAAUGUGAAUGACAAGUUUUCAUUCCACGAAGUAAAGGAUAAUUAUAUUCCAGUGAUAAAAAGAGCAUUAAAUUCCGUUCCAGUAAUCAUCGCUGCUGUCGGUACCAGGCAAAAUGAAGAAUUACCUUGUACAUGUCCACUAUGUACCUCAGACAGAGGGAGCUGUGUUAGUACGACUGAAGGGAUCCAACUCGCUAAAGAACUAGGGGCUACCUAUCUUGAACUGCACAGCCUUGAUGACUUCUAUAUAGGAAAGUAUUUUGGAGGCGUGUUGGAGUAUUUUAUGAUUCAAGCCUUAAAUCAGAAGACAAGUGAAAAAAUGAAGAAAAGGAAAAUGAGCAACUCAUUUCAUGGAAUUAGACCACCUCAGCUUGAACAACCAGAAAAAAUGCCUGUCUUAAAGGCUGAAGCAUCACAUUAUAACUCUGAUUUAAAUAACUUGCUGUUCUGCUGCCAGUGUGUGGAUGUGGUAUUUUACAACCCAGAUUUAAGGGACAUUGUAGAAGCCCACAAGAUUGUCCUCUGUGCUGUAAGCCACGUUUUCAUGCUGCUUUUCAAUGUGAAGAGUCCCACUGACAUUCAGGAUUCCAGUAUCAUCCGGACAGCCCAGGAUCUCUUUGCCAUAAACAGAGAUCCUGCAUUUCCAGGUGCUAGCCAGGAGUCUCCAGGCAACCCACCAUUACGAGUCAUUGUUAAGGACGUCCUCUUCUGCUCUUGUUUAUCAGACAUCCUGCGCUUCAUUUAUUCAGGUAUUUUGUCAGAUGAUUCUGGUUGCUUACACUCUCUCCUGGUUUUGAAACGAAGUAUGCCGUUACCUGUUGUCUUUGUUUCCCUUUUGGACCUUGCAGGUACAACAGUGCCAGCCCACAGGGCCAUCCUGGUGGCCCGUUGUGAAGUGAUGGCUGCCAUGUUUAAUGGUAAUUACAUGGAAGCAAAGAGUGUUCUGAUUCCAGUUUAUGGUGUUUCCAAAGAGACUUUCCUGUCAUUUUUAGAGUACCUAUACACAGACUCCUGUUGCCCAGCUGGCAUUUUCCAGGCCAUGUGUCUCCUGAUCUGUGCUGAGAUGUACCAGGUGUCCAGACUGCAGCACAUCUGUGAGCUUUUCAUCAUUACACAGCUACAGAGCAUGCCAAGCCGGGAACUGGCCUCCAUGAACCUGGAUAUAGUUGACCUGCUCAAAAAAGCCAAGAGAUAUAUUGCUGAUUUGGAAGAACGCAGUUUUGUUGAAAAGCACAGAUGGCCAUCGAAUGUAUACUUGAAACAGCUUGCGGAGUACAGGAAGUAUAUCCACUCCCGGAAAUGCCGCUGCUUAGUAAUGUAA